AUGUGUUACAACUACAACAGAAACUCAUGUGUAGCUGUUGCAAUGGCUGUGGCUAUGACUGUGGCUAUGGUUCUAGAUAUGGCUAUGGAUAUGGCUCUGAAUACAGUUCUGGAUAUCACGGUCUUUGUGGUUAUGGUCUGGCUAUGGUCUGGCUGUGGUUAUAGGUCUGGCUAUGGCUGGCUGCUGUGGCUGUCAGCCAUUUUUCUUAACACCUCUCUCUUUCUCUACCCAAGCACAACCUCAACAACCAACACCAUGUGUGGCAGCUACUAUGGAGGCUGUGGCUACGGACGCUGUGGCUAUGGAGGCUGUGGCUACGGACGCUGUGGCUAUGGAGGCUGUGGCUACGGAGGCUGUGGCUAUGGAGGCUGUGGCUAUGGAGGCUAUGGCUAUGGAAGCCUGGGUUGUGGCUAUGGCUCCAGCUAUGGCUGUGGCUUCCGCACCCUGGGCUGUGGCUCUGGCUGUGGCUCUGGCUGUGGCUACGGAUAUCACUCCAACUCUCUCUGUGGCUAUGGAUGUGGCUCUGGCUACGGCUCUGGCUUUGGAUGCUACUAAUUGAGGUCACCAUGGGAGACUCUCACCCUCCACACCUGGACAUGGGAUUCACCAGUUCUGAGACCCACAGCUUCUGAGCCUUUUCCCUUGGGUGAUAAUAUCCUCCACGAUGAAAGUCUAGCAUGGUCUGUUGUUGCCUACAACCUAACCUACAGAUACCCUGACUUUAUGCAGGAAGUGGGAUAUGGUGAAAUUCACCUGUGACCCCCACAGUUCUGCUUUUGUCGGGAUGAUGGUGUCAGAGCAA